AUGGCCUUGGACUUUGGGGAUGGUAACAAUGGCUUCCGCCACACUGAAGUGAUUCAGUUCAUUAACAGUGAAGUUAUUAUGAAUGGAGGGGGGCCGGAGUUUUUUGUGGCCUUCAGCUCAUUGUCUUGGAAGGAGGUAGAGGACCAGCUCCGAUUGGUUGUAGCUAACCCGCAGAUGCCGCUCUCGCUCAAGAGGGCCUACGCCUGGAGCAGCUUGGCUUUGGGUGUAAAAGCCUCAGUGAGACAUUGCGAGCAGCAGGAACGUUGCGUCCAGCAGUUGCAGGACCAGAUAGACAAGCAUGAGGUAGCUUCUUGGGCUCUGAUUUCUCAAGUGCAAAAGUUGCGUGAGGAGCGAAAUGAGGUUGCUGCACAGCUGCAGUUCACACAGACUGCCUUAUGGCAGGCCAUGGAAGAAUGUGAAGCUCUUCGCAAUAGUUUGCUCCAUGCUGAGAAAUCAGCACAGGUCAACCCAUUGACCCAAGAUACAGCACUCAGGGCUCAAGCUGAGCCAUGUGAGGCUGCAAUGGUGCAUUUGAAUGCAGAUCAGCAGUCAGAUGUGAGGGCUGUGGGAGCUGUAGUGGGAAAUGGAGCCAUAGGUGUACAUGACAGGCAAAAUUUGGAGACUCAGAUACCAGCCCCAAUACCAGCCAUUUAUAUGCCAGGAAUGUUAAGUUCCUGGACCUCAGUCGUUCCACCUUUUCACCCAGUUGCUCCUCAGCUAGUAACUCCUCAGCCAAUGGUUCCUCAGUCAAUAGCUGCUCAGCCAAUAAGUUCUCAGUUAGUCAUUCCUCAGAAAAUCACUCUUCAGUCAACUGAUGCUCAACCAAUCGCUCCUCAGCCAGUGGAGCCUCCUCUAGUCGCAUUUCAACCAGUCCUUCCUCAGCUGAUCACUCCACAGCCCUUCGAGCCUCACCCAAUUGCCCCACUGCCAAUGGAGCCACAUCUAAUUUCUUCUCAGCCAAUGAACCCUCAGCCAAUUGCUCCUCAGCCAAUGGAGCCUCAUCUAAUUGCUCCUCAGCCAGGUCUCACCCAGCCUGUCCUCUCUCAUCCAAUCUUUAUGCCAUACCAACUCCCACUGUAUCCGUCAUUGCCUGUGGGAGUUCCAUUUGUGCAGCCUCAUCCACCUGCUGCUGUCAUGGAAGCUGCAUCAGGAGUAGUUCCACUACCCAUGCCUCCUGUGCACAUACACCCUCAUGGCCCAUGGAAUGCAGAAGGCUUCCAGAGAGAGAUCGUUCCUCUGUGGGACCAGAGGUACAAUAUCCAAGUGCAAGGUCUGGAGAAUUUUCAUGGGUCCCUCCUCCAAGGACACAGCAAAAGUCAAGGGAAAGGAGGUUCUGAGAAACCCCAAGGACCUCAUCUCAGAGACAGUAGCUACUUCAACCAAGCAGAACAUGCAGAGAGGUCCCAGGGAAUGGAUCGCCUUAGAGUAAGUGGACCCCUCUACCAAGAAGAUCAGAAUCGCCAGGGGAUGAUUCCUCUGGACAACAGCAGCUACAGUCAGAGUGAAGGUCCAAAGAAAGCCCAAGGGAUGGCCUCCUUGGAAGUAAGCAGGAGUGCUAUCCAGGAGGAAAGUGUAGAUAUUGUCCAGGGGAUGGUAGGCAUGAAGGAGCCUUAG